AUGGCGUCUCCCAAAAAGACGUCGGCGACGGGCUUCCUCAACAUCAAGGCUUUAACUGCUCUACCUCGGACGCUAGUGCAGAUGCUUCACCGAAAAAGGGAAGGGCCCGCCAUUGAAAUUGCUGGGCCCGCUAGAGCUGUACCUGGGACCCCGUACGCUUGCAAUGACAAGACCACCGAAGACCUCGAGGCAGACGAAGAACUUGCUCAGGGGCUCCGCAAAAUUUUCCUUUCGUGGAGAGAUGUGCAACCCCAGGAAAAGCCGCAGAAACUUGUAUAUCUGUUGGAAACCCCCUAUGACCACUGGCAGAAGCUCGACCUCGAUGCCCUCAACGAGGAUGACGUAAAGAAAGUCACUCUGCUCGACCUCUACUCGCGCGAGUACGGGUUUCACGUCGGCUUCGGCGAGGCUGUCUUCUACGAGGAGGGUUACGGGCUCCGUAUGGACGGUGGCUAUAGAUGCAACCGGUCCGGAGGGCGGUAUGGUGGACCGGUCUGUGGACACUACGGUCAUGACUACCUCGACCCCUGCUUCGGUACCGGCUAUGGCCAACACGGUUUGGAUUCGUCAGACUCUGAAUCAGGAUCUGAAGGGGAGUGGUACGAUCCAUACUUGCAUUCAAGGGACGAAGUGGAGAUGGAGGAGGUUCACGAGACGAAGCUCACUCUUGUGAAUCUCGUCGGCUUGGAUGGCAAGAACCUCGCAGAUGCUGUCAGUCUGAUCGCGCGUUUGGAGGCCAUGCCUGAGGAUCUGCAGAAGAAGCUGAAGACGCGCGGUUAUACAAAGCAGAAGUACAGUGCUAACCAAUGCAGCACGCUCAAACGAUGGUACUAUGGCAAGGUACUGCUCAUCUGGCCGAAGCGUCACCAUUUCGAUAUCCUCCACGGCUCCGAUGCCCUCAAAUGUGCUUGCGAGGCACUUGCGGCAUCCAUCUCCGCCCAACCCACUAGCGAAGCACGGGAUCUCGUGGAGAUGAUGCUCUUGCGCACCGAUGUGCGGCAGAAUGGGGACGUCGUCAAGAAUGUCUGCCACGCAGCCAUCCUCUGGGGCGACGCGGAUCUCUGGGUGCGCGCUGUACGUGCAUGCAAGGCUGACCAUGCCAUCUCUGAGCUCGGGUGUGAGAAUGUCGUGGCCGCGAUCGGCGCAUUUGGGUUCGACGCGAUUAAAGAAUGCGUCGAACGCGCACUCAAACAAGAUCCUCAGUACUCGUCGGCACUCGAGCUCCUGCAAACGCUCGAAGACAAGGCGGCUGGCGAGGAUGAUAGCGCCUUGUUCGCGUUCACUGAAGAUUGGGCACCUCAGUGGCGACUCAAAGUUGUUGGUGCUCUCAAAAAUCCAGGCGUCGAUGAAGUUGAGACCAUCGUUUCUGCCGGUUUGAGUGUGGGCGGCACGACGGUCUUGGAAAAGACGAUCAUCCCCGCGCUGAAAAUGACCGCCGAGCCCACAUUCAUGUUCGUCCUCUCCGAGAAGGUACAUGCCGCUGAGGGGAUCGCGCCCGGCGUGAAGAAACGCAUCGUCAAGGAUCUAGUCGUUUUCGCACUAUCACAAACGAAGCUCUACGACACCAUGGACGACGCAGAGACCCUCAGGCUCGCAGAGACGGCCAUCAAGGCGUGUUUGGUGACCGGGAAUGAGGCCUGCGUUGCUGAGCUCGCUAAACGCUUAGUUGACUUCUCCGGCCUCGACGAGGCUGCCGUGCAACAGCACUCAAGAUAUGUGUUGCUCCCGCUUGCCGGGGCUAUCUCCAAACUAGCAGGGGAUAGUCCGAGGGCGAAGGCUGUCAAGGCGGUCAAGACCAUCUGCGACACCGCUGUCACUCAAUUCUUGCGAGGCUUGUCUGCUUCAGGCGCGAAGGUCGACACAAAGGAUGUACAAACCCUCCUCGACGCUGCGCGCAUGUGCGGCAUGAGCAUCUCCAACAUCGUCGAGAAACUGCUCCCGCUCAAUCUUGCUGGCUCAAUCCUCGAAGAUUUCAUCGAGGAGCUCAACAAGAGACGCUCUGCAGGCACCGUGGACGGCAUCGACGUCGCCCUCACCGCGCUGGUGCACAAGUACGCACACGUCGCCCAGAUCAAGGGCGGCACCGUGUACUGGUACUUUGGCAUCCCGCCUACCGUCGCGCAGUCGAUAGGGUGCUGCGUGCGUGCCGGGGUCCCCGAAGCCGGCCUUACGAUAAUCGAGCGCGUGCUGGAGCAGCACCCCGCGGAAGAGGGCUAUCAGCCGGCGAAGCGCUUCAACGGAGAGGUGCAUUGCGAGCGCAUCUCUGGGAUUCAGCAGGGCCUCAAGGUGACGAAGCACGCGUCGUUGCUCGCAUCCUCGCAGUGGUGGACCUGGAAGGAAGAGGCGAAUACGUUCCUAAACAGCCUCACCGAGAAGACGAGCGAGGAGGACAUCGAGGUCGUCUUUGGUGAAGACUACGUGCGCAUCAUGCAGACCAUACGCGGCACUGCCGUCCCCUCAACUUCAAGUGCCCUCAAGUGGCCUGAAGACAGCGCCCCUGGGGCAUCAGGAGACUCAAAUGGUCCUCCCGCAGCAAAACGCAGAAAGAUCUAG